AUGGAAAAGGAUCCUGCCACUCACAGGAGGCACAGGCCUGGCCCUGGGGCCCUGCCCUCAGGAAUAGCCCCCGGAUACCUCAAAGUGGCCAGCGAGGGGGCUGAACUCCAGAGGAGCAGGAGUGUGGGUGGCUUGCACCAGAAGGGGGAUCCACCAGUCUGCAUCAGGAAGCUACUACGCAAGGAGCUAGACUCUGAGGACCAAGGUAAAGAUCCAAGAAGUGACACAGAUGAUACCUCCUGUCAGGUGAGCCUAGAGGAAAACAGGAAGAAAAGGAACCAGGAUGAGCCCAGAACGCUGGACCAAAAGUAUGGGAAGUCGGAGCCAGAGAAGAGCGACUCGGAGACCAGCACCUCAGAAAAGGAUGGUGCCCGCAAAGGAAGACGCACCUCAGUGGCCGAGGGGCAGGAGCCAGAGUCCAUGAAGCUGAAUAACCUUCUAGAAAAGCAGAAACCAUCUGUGUUUGUGGAGAUCGACCUUGGAGACCAUACUGAGGAGGAGAUAAUCACCUGUGCCUUGAGGGAAGAGAAGAGGCCCCCGAUGGACACAGGGGACUUGUCAGAGGAUGAGACAAGGAUCAGCUGGGUGUGCUGCAUCCCAUAUUCCACAAAGAAGAAGGCAAGGGACACUAUCAACACUCUGGAAAAGGGCCAGAGUGACAGCAGCCAACGGAGACCCAAAGCAGGGACCCUCCUUCAACCCAACACCAAUCACAGUCCUAGGAACCAACUAUUCAACGGGCUGGCCGCCUCAUCGCUCACCCAGAACUUAAGUUCCAGCUAAUUGCUCACUAAAGGAAACAUCACGAUGUGAAGGCUUCGCUGGAGUUACAAUGGCGUACCCAGGC